AUGGAACUGGUCUUUCAGCCAGAGUAUGCGGCCAUAGCCCUGAUAUCGCUCAUUGCCGUGCUUUCUUUCUCGUCUCUUAGGAAACUUGCUGUAAACAGUCGUGCCCAGCAGCGACGACAAGAUGGAUGCAUAUACGAGGAUGAAGACGGGGCGGCAAGUGAAGACUCAAUAGCCCGCUUCUCCAACAAGACGCAGUUCAUCACCAUCUUUGUAAUCAACAUAUCGGCAGUUGUACUUGCAGGCGCAGAUGCCAUCUUCACGGCUGUUCACCAUGGAUUUGCAUUUGCUGGCGCCGGCGUGCCUCUCUUGGGCAUAUAUCUGCUGGUCCCGGCAUGGAUAUUUCUGCUUUUACAACUCGUGGUUGCAGUUCGAGAAGUGGCACCAGUCGAGAGAUUCAACAGCGUAACAUCAACGCUAUGGACAUGCACCUUGAUCGUGUGUAUAGGUUCGGUGGAUGUCCACGUCCUCAACGGCCUGGGUCAUCGCGACAAUGCCGGAAUCCUCCUCACUUCCAUUUUGACAGCAGUUCAGAUUGUCGCAGCCAUUGCACUGAUGGCAACAAUCUUCACCGUCCAGAGACGUCCUGAUGUCUUCCGCCCAGACGGACGAGUCGUCGACUCCCAAAAGACGCUCAGCCUCUGGGCGAGAUAUAGCUUCGAAUGGGGUCUCGGCAUGCUCCGUGCAGCAGGCACCGAAAAGUUUGAAAACUCGGACAUGCCGGCAAUGGACCACGUCGUCAGAUCAGAAAACGCCACGGCAAACUUCAAGGACAUCAUCUUCAAGCCAGACAGGCUCCCGCUGUGGGCACACAUCACCUGGAAGUACCGCUAUCAGUUCCUGUUUCAAUGGAGCGCUACUCUCUUCACAAACUUCUUCGACGUUGCUCCCGCUUUUGCGAAUCUGCAGUUGCUUCGGUAUCUCGAGACUCGCGAUAACUUGGACGUCAUUGACCCCGUUGCUUGGAUCUACGUUGCUGCCAUUGUCAUUGCCACAAUCAGCUCGCGUAUGGUCGACUCCAGAGUCAUGUGGUCGGAGAUGGCUGACAUCGUCAUCCCUCUGAGAUCGACCUUGACCGGGCUCAUGUACGAGAAGCUGAUGAGGAUGGAAGAUUCGCUUCACAUUCCCAAGGAUGAAAAGUCUACAGGAUAUGACGCCGCAGACCCCGAGAAUGCCGACGAGCAGGACAAGCAGCCAAACAUGAGGUCUCAACAGGACAUUGUCAACAUGUUCUCCGUCGACUGCGACGCAAUCGCCAGAUUCGGCUCCCAAAGCGGACAAUACAUCAACUGCGCAGGUCAAUUCCUCAUCAUCGUCAUCUUCCUGCUGCACCUCGUCGGCUGGCAAAGCCUCUGCGCAGGAAUGCUAGGGAUUCUCAUCCUCUUCCCCAUCAACAGGGCUCUCGCCGCGCGAUACGGCGCCAACCAGAAGAUCCUGAUGAAGCUCCGUGACAAGAGAUCCGCCAUCAUCACGGAGGCUUUACAUGGCAUCAGGCAAAUAAAGUUUUCAGCAAUCGAAGCGCAGUGGACGGACAAGAUCGAGCAGGUUCGUGAGCGGGAGCUUCAGAUGCUCUGGAAGACUAGGAUCAACAACUUCUACAUGGCCAUCGCUUCCGAGUUUACGCCCAUUGUGCUGACGGCACUUUCUCUGGCUACAUACUCGUACAUCAACGGCACGCUUUUGCCUUCGGUUGCUUUUACCGCCAUUACGUUGUUCAUGAUUCUCGAGGGAAUCGUGGAACAUAUCCCGCUGCUGCUGGUUACCGCCAUAAACGCCAAAGUCAGCUGUGACAGAAUCGACAAGUUCUUCCGCAACCCCGACAAAAAGGACAAUACACACCCCGGUACUGCAGUCUCCUUCAACGGCGCGACCAUCACUUUCCCGUCUGGCUCCGACGAUCCGACAGACGACCGGUUUGCCCUGAGGAAGCUCAACCUCGAGUUUCCCAACAACGCUCUAAGUGUCAUAUCUGGGCCGACGGGAUCGGGCAAAUCACUGCUUCUCGCAUCCAUCCUCGGCGAAGCAGAGGUGCUAGCCGGCUAUAUCCAAGUGCCCAAGGCGCCUCCCCCAGAACAACGAUACGACAGCAAAGCCACCGCCGCGAACUGGAUCAUUCCCACCGCCAUCUGCUUCGUCUCCCAGAUCCCAUGGAUCGAAAACGCUACAAUCAAGGACAAUGUCCUCUUUGGUCUCCCCUUCGACCCCGUCAGAUACGACAAGGUGCUUCAAGCUUGCGCACUAUCGCAGGAUCUCUCUCUCUUCGAGGACGGCGACGAAACCGAAGUCGGAGCCCAAGGUGUCACCCUCAGCGGUGGACAGAAGUGGCGGCUGACUCUCGCCCGAGCAUUGUACUCCAGAGCAGGCAUCAUGGUGAUUGACGACGUCUUUAGUGCUCUUGACGCCCACGUCGGCAAACACGUCUUUGCAAAUGCACUUCUAGGGGAGCUUGGCAAGGGAAGGACCCGGAUCCUAGUCACCCAUCACACGUCACUUUGUCUCCCGCGUGCGGACUACGCGGUACAUCUUUCAGCUAGCGGACUUGUCGAGCACGCGGGCUCGGUAGAGGAUCUGCGGCGCACCGGAGUUUUGGAGCAUAUUAUCGAAGCGGAUGAUGUCGAGGAAGUGCAGAGAGAUGCCGAUGCAGACCCAAAACGGCCCAAUGGUGUGGUGACCAGCCCAUCUCAGGAUGCCCUUUCAAAGGCCGCGAAGCCACCCAAAAAGCUGGUUGAGGACGAGAAGAGAGAGGUCGGAAGAGUCAAGACGUCGGUCUACGUCGGGUAUCUCAAGUCUUUCAGCGGACUGCCUUUCUGGGUUUUCCUCAUUCUCCUAUUUGCCGUCGCCCAAGGGCUGACACUCGGCCGCACAUAUUGGAUCAAGAUUUGGUCCAGUUCAAGCGAACAGAUUGACAACAGCUUCUCGGUCUCGGCUUACCACUACAGGCAUAUACUACAAACGCAGAUGUUUGGACCGUCGGAAAGCUAUGCCAACUCGUCAAGGGCUUCUGUUGGCAUUCAGUCGGACGCUCAAACCAAGAAUCUUUUGUUCUAUCUUGGAGUCUACUGUCUGAUAUCCACAGUGUCAGUCCUAGUAUCCGUCAGUCGUCUCUACUGCGUUUACGCCGGCUCGCUCCGAGCCUCGCGGAGGAUCUUCCAGGGGAUAUUGCGCAGCGUGCUCCGCGCGCCCCUUCGAUGGCUCGACACCGUGCCGACGGGCAGAAUCUUGAACCGUUUCACGGGAGACUUUACAAGCAUGGACUCUUCGCUGGCCACAAACUUUUACUACUUUGCCACCGUCACAUGGGAAAUGCUUGGGAUCAUGGUGGCAGGCGUCUUUGUCUCGCCAUUCAUGAUCUUCAUUGCCAUCAUCCUCCUCGUGGCAUGUACUCACUACGCUCGACAAUACAUGGUCGCAGCCCGAACCAUCAAGCGUCUCGAAUCGACCAACAAGUCCCCCGUCAUCUCUCACUUUGCAUCCUCCCUUAGCGGCCUGUCCACCAUCCGAGCCUUCUCAAAGGGCCCCGAGUUUACGCGCAGAAUGUUUGCCCUCAUCGACGACUGGGCAGCUUGCAGCUGGUACAUCACCGCCUUCAGGAUGUGGUUGAUGCUGAGAAUAGGCGUUACGGCGUCCAUGUUCGCCGCCGUGGUUGGCAUUUUCGUCGUCACUACGCCGAGGAUUGAUGCCAGUUUGGCCGGCUUUGUUCUGUCGUUUGCGCUCAACUUUGGACAUGCUAUCAAUUGGGGUAUUUCCGUGUCUACGCAGACGGAACUGGACAUGAAUGCGACAGAGCGAAUCUUUGAGUAUGCGAAUCUCGAGACUGAGAAGGAGGAUGGAGAAGAGGUGCGUGCGAGCUGGCCAGAGGAGGGCAGAAUCGAGGUUGAGAAUCUGGAGGUUGGAUAUGCCGAGGGGUUGCCUUCUAUCCUAAAGGGACUGAGCUUUACUGCUGAGCGGAAUCAAAGGAUUGGCAUCGUUGGUCGAACUGGCGGAGGCAAAUCAACCUUUUCGCUGGCCCUCUUCCGCUUCCUCCAGACUCGCUCAGGCAGCAUCACGAUUGACGGCGUCGACAUCUCCAAGAUCAAGUUACACGACUUGCGCACCCGCCUCGCCAUCAUCCCGCAAGAUCCAUUUCUCUUCUCCGGCACCAUCCGCUCGAACCUCGAUCCAUUCAACCAGUUCAGCGACUACGAGCUUCAGAAAGCCUUGGUCCGCGUCCAUCUCGUACCCUCGAGCCCAGGCACACCGGUUCCCGAAGCAAUCCUCGAUGAAUCAUCUUCCACAACCGUCACCGAGAACGGCUCAGACACAAACUCUGCUCUCACGCUCUCGUCCCCGGUCGCUUCCGGCGGCUCCAAUCUUUCACAGGGCCAGAAGCAGCUUCUGUGCCUCGCACGCGCAAUUCUAUCACGGCCCAAGAUUCUUCUGCUGGAUGAGGCGACUUCGGCUGUGGAUAUGGCGACAGACAGACAGAUCCAGCAGUCGAUUCGCCAGGAGUUCUCCGAUUCGACGUUGCUGGUGAUAGCGCAUCGCCUGAGCACCGUGGUGGACUUUGACAGGAUUCUUGUUAUCAAAGAGGGUAAAGCUGCGGAAUUUGGGACGCCGAAGGAGUUGCUUGAGGUUGAGAACGGGCUGUUUAGGGAGAUGGUUUCUCAGAGUGGCGAGAAGGAUGAGUUGGUCAGGCUGAUUUCGGCAUCAUAG